CUCCAAGGCUGCUGCAACUGUGUUGCCUGAUACAGUAAAUACUGUGGGACCAGGCUCUUCACAUUUUCUCAGCUUAUCCUUGAGGCUAGACAGUGACAGCUGCCUCUGGCUACCAUAUUUGCCGUUAAUUGUGAAUUGAAAUUUUUCCAGCUAUUCAGUAGGAUCUUUGAAACAAGUUUUUGUAUGGUUUUGUUUUGUUUUGUUUUGUUGAAAACGUAAUUGCACCAUGAGGAUUUUCAUAUCCUUUGAAGGAUCUUUUGAACCAUUUCAUGUUUCAGCAGAUGAAACUGUAGAGGCUGUCAAGCUGAUGGUAAAGGAUUAUUUCCACAUUCCUCUCUCUGAAGACAAACAAGGUAGGCGGUAUCUGGAGCUGAUGUAUGCUGGAGCUGCUCUAAAGGACAGUUGGAGUCUUGCUGAUGUUGGAAUAUCUUUCUGCUCAACUCUCAAAUGCUUUGUUAAGGAAGAAGACAAGCCUAUUCUCUAUGUGUUCAAUGGUGUGACCCAAGAGACAAUGCCAAUAAUGGAGGGCACUUCCCUUCUUGGUAAAAAAGUGUCUGAUCUGAGAACACUGAUAACUCUGAGAUGUGGCUUCCCUGUGAGUGUUUACUGUCUUCGGACCCCAAAGGGACUGGAGAUGUACGACUGCAACACGCUUAAGGACUACGGGACUGAUAUUGGCACAACACUUCGGUUGGAUGUCUGGGAUGGAUGGAAGGAAUUUCUGAUGGGUUGCCUCCUUGGACAAAAACUUAAAGUCCAACGCUAUUUAUCAAAAGAAGGACCAGUACUCAAGUAUCAGAAAAGAGUAGUGCUAUACAUUGCCGCCUUUUAUGGGUAUGUUGAACUCACUGAAUGGGCCUUGAAGCAGGGCGUGAGGCCUCACGAAGCAGUCGGUGUUCACCCCUAUCGAGCAUGGUGCCAUGAAGCCCUUCAUGCAGACGUCUCUAAAUGCCCCAUUCAUGCAGCUGCAGAAGCGGGCCAACUGUUGAUUCUAAAGGCCUUUGUCAACUGUAGUGUGUUGUGCCUGGAAUGCAAAAAUGCAGCAGGACAAACUCCCCUGAACAUCGCUUUCAAACACAAACAUAAAGACUGUGUAUUAUAUUUGCUGAGUAAAAUGUGGUCCAUGGUUUCUUUUCUGAAAAUUUCAGUCCCAAUGAGGAUUUAUAUUAAAAUAAAACAAUGGGUCCUCAGAGCUAAGAGUCACGGUCUUCAUAAAAGCCAGCUUUGCGGAGCAAGAGUCUUUAGGGCAAAAGUUGGAGAUACUGUAAUGGUGGAUGGUUUUACUGAACCAAAAAUGACCUCCAAGAGCUGGCAUAAGGCUGGGAACAAGGAUUCACAAAGCACCGGGCAGAAGCUACCACCUCUCAUGGAACAAACUGCAAACAGGAAACCAAGCAAUGCUUUGGCAAUUUCACAGCCAGAUACAAGAGAACAAACCCUCAAAUUUCCUCCACUGGUAGAUACAAAUAUGUUCUUUGAAUUACAAAGACAUCAACAACAAAAUCAGAAAAAAAUUACUGCCACAUCUAGGAAACGACAAAACCUCAUAAAAAAUAUAUAUCUUCCCCAAGUCCCUCUACCUUCAGUUUCAAGAGUGGGAUAUUCACACCCAUCAUUUUACUAUACGACACCCAGUGCUGACUUUUUACUAAGGUCUUCCUUCGCAUCUUUCUCAGAACACAGUGGGAAGACUCCAAGGCAGAAUGCAAUCUACUGUUUAGCUAUGGCAAGUGCCUUUAAAGAGAAACGAUGGCUCCAGCAGUUAGAAAUAGCAAGAGUCCUGGCCAAAAAGAGCAUUUCUAACCUGACUAUCCAUGGAAGCCUGACAACACGUGAAACCCCUCCAGAAAUUGUGCUUUGAAAAGUCAUGACAACCCCAGCUUGGACAAAGACCUGAUCAAAUAGAAUCUCCAGUUCUAAUGUUAACAUUUCUAAUAACAGUUAUAAUGCUAUCAUCUCUAAUAACAGUUCUAAUGCCAGCAGUUCUAACGCUACACAGCUUUCAACAGGAUAUUUAAUAUUUAACACCAUGUUUUCUUGGACUUCAUCACCCUAAGUGAAAAUUUAGGGCAUUUUUUAAUUUUUUACAUAAAUAA